AUGGACUCAUCUUCUCCGACGACGCAACAAUUCCGAUUCACCUUCAAUUCAAAGUCGGAAAUUGGGACAUCUAAGAUCGAAGGCGGAAAUUGGAACUCCGAUUCACCGUCUGAGGUUAGUUCUUCAAUCCAUGAUGCAAAUUGUAAUGGAACCCGUGUUCAUGGAUAUAUCAGGUUCCAAUUGAAGGUUAGUGUCCAAUUUCAGGUCUUUGAAACGAAUCAACCAAAGAAGCCAAGAGAAAGAACAAGAAAGAAAGCUUCUAAAACUGUUCUUGUUCCCUCAACAUUCAUAAUGCAGUGGUUAGUUAUUUAG